AUGAAUACGCUCCCGGAGGUGACAGCGCUCGGAGAAAGGGAAGCGCGCCGCUGCCACCUCUCAACGCCCCACCUGGCACACCUGGAGGGGUCCGAGACCCCUGGGGUCGGGGGGUCCCGCCCGUCGCUUCCCUGCGCGGGAGGAAACCCAGGCCUGGAAGGAGGCGGGGGCUCGCUUCCCGGGCACCCCGGGCCCAUCUCAGUCCCCGCCGGCCAGCGGCCCCCGCCCUACCUGGCCCGCGGCGGCGCCACCGCCAGCCCUCCAGCCCCGGGGUCCUGCCUGCAACUCUGGUCCCCGCUGCACUUUCCCCCGCGCGAAGUCCCGGGGCCCCGGGGCGGCACGAGGCUCCAGGCCGGCCACCCGGAGGGAGCGCAGCACCGAGGGGCUGCGGCGGCGAUGCGCGGAGGGCGCCCGGCGGAGCAGGGCUGGGGAGAAAUAUAUCGGCUGCCUCACCUGCCGCGGCCCAGGGCGCUUCUGCCGCGGCCGCCGGCGACGCUGCUGGAGCCGCCUCCGCCGCCGCCGGCCGCGCGCCCCUCCCUCCCCGGGGCCCACCCCCGCCAGUCCCCGCCCCGGUCCCCGCCAGCCAUUGGCCGCCGCCUCCCCGAGCGCCCAGCCGCCGCCGCCAGUGGCCGGCCGGCCUGCCACUUAGCGGCGCCGUAG